AUGAACAGCCUUAGCAAAACACUAAAACACUGUCAAGUUUUAUGUUUCACGGACGACAUCAAGCUUUUUAUGAAUAUAAACUGCAUUGAAGACAGUCUUAAUCUACAAAGUGAUUUAGAUAGAUUUGUUGCUCUUUUUGAUAAAUUAGGUUUGUCACUGAACCUAGGUAAGUGUAAAGCCAUGACGUUUACUAGAACCCGCUCUCCAUUAACGUUUUCCUACCAUAUUCAUGAAUCAAUAAUUUCUCGCUGUGAUGGAUUUACGAUGGAUCUUGGGUUCAAACUCUCCAGUAACCUUGACCCGGGCAUUCAUAUUGAAAUGGCUUGUUGCAAAGCUCUAAGAAUGUUGGGUAUAAUAAUGAGAUUGUCAAAGGACCUUAACCUAACUUCGUCAUUGAAAGUCUUAUACUGUUCGUUAGUCCGGCCAAUUAUUGAAUAUGGUGCCAUUGUUUGGGAUCCCCAUACUGCCGACAAUGCUUGCCAGGUCGAAAGGGUACAGCGCAGGUUCUUGCGAUUUACAAGCUUCCUGUUAGGCAUCAAAUUUGUAGUGCAUGAACUUACGAGCCCUGCUUAUCACAUUCUAGUAUGA